AUGUCAAAGAAAAGAAAGAAUAGUUCAUCUUCAUCAUCAUCCUCGUCUUCAUCUUCCUCUCCGGAGAAAAAGAUCUUUAUUAACCAAUGUGACAAGUAUAAGGAAGAGAGAUAGUCAGAAAUUCGGAUACAUUUCUACUUCAAAGAUUUGUAUAUUGGAGGAUUGCGAGAAGAUGAAUUUUUGUUUUAUUUACAUGGACGCAUUUAAAAGGCUGUAAGAAUCUCUCUUUCUAAAAGAGGGGCCAUGCGAUUUGUUACAAAUUAGCUCAAUUAAUAAGGAAACACAAACUAUUGAUGUAGCUGUGGGAUUCAAAUAUGAUGACGAUGCGCUCAAAGUUUAUUAGGGAAAGGUCUCCAUUAAAACGAGGGAUAAGCUUAUCCCAGUCUUAUCCAAAGUCUACAACGAAAUGCUCAAAGAACAAGGACAUAUAAUGAAAGAAUAAUAGAGUGAUUAUCGCAAGUCCCAAUAGAAAGAAUUGUCCCGUGAAAAGGAAAAACCCCAACAGUACAUCCCCACUUAUAAUUGUAUCAAAUUAACCAAUUUAGAUAACAUAUCGAAAGAAUAACUAUACAUCUUCGGGAUACCCAAGGAGUUUACAAUCGACGAGUGCAUAUCCGAGAUUAAGCAGAUCUAUGACUUAGUGGUCAAGCCUGAGGGAAUCUUUCGAUCUGAGAAGGUCGGAGACAUUACAUAUGAAUAUUUGGAAUUGCAAGUGGAAAGAAUACCUUGCCAACAGAUUCUGAAGAAGUAGCCAUUAGUCCUAAAGGACAUCUCUCUGCUAUGUGUGUAAAAGAAGAAGCGAACAGACCCUUUUAAUGAGGUAUUGAAACCUUAUUCGGUCAUCCUGAGUGGCAAAGUAAAUUUAUCAUAAGUUUAUGCUCAUAUGACUACCUUAGGAGGUGUAUUAUUUCAUUAAAUUAGGUAAUUAUUUAUAUAUAUAGAAAAAACAAUAGUGAUUCCAAGUAUUGUGUGAUCAUGCAGAGUGAGUAAUCAGUCACCGACUUGAAAUUGCCCUGCAGUAUAGAUAUUCAGAAGGUAUAAUGUUAAGUCAUUCAAAAUUCUGACUUUACCAUGUAAAUGCCAAGACCCAAUUUGAAUGAAACCACAUAUCAUAAAAUUUAAGAGUUCAAAAAGAAACAAGAGGAAAUGAAAUUGGCGCGGUUACAUUCAAGUUCGAGCUCGAGCUCAAGUUCCAGCUCAAGUUCAAGUUCUAGAAGUAGAAGUAGAAACAAAAAGAAGAAGAAAUACCAUCACAAAAAAAAGCAUUGAGG